AUGGAGAAAAGGAAACUGGCUAAAGGAAGCAACCAGGGGGUACACAAAAUAAAAAAGAAAAAAAUAAUAGGCAUACUGGAAAUAAUAAUAGUAUCAUUUAUUAUUAUUAUUAUUAUUAUUAUUAUUAUUAUUAUUAUUAUUAUUAUUAUUUCAAUACAACACCGUGUACAUCACAUGUUGGUGAUAAAACUUGUUUAUUCUCACAGUAUUUUCUAGCGCCCUUCACAUCUACGUACUUCCUGCGAUUGAAGAAGUACUUGAGCGAGAGGCUCGCGGGUGGCUUCGAGGCGUUCAAAAGAAGCGCGACGAAGUUGCACAUGUUCAUCGACAUUCAAGGCCCAGUAUUUUUGCUGCCGCAGCGUAAAGAAAUCCCGAGUCUGUUGGUAUUGAAUACAGGCGUACUGUCGGUGGAGAAUUUCUUCAAGAAGGUAGAUCAGUCGACACAGAGUGUUAAAACGUCCGGCGGUGACUCGAGCCAGAUAACGAUUGACAAUAUUUUAAUAAAGUUAAACAAUAUGACCGUGUCCAGAGCAAUUAUGACGCUUAGUCGCGACUUGGAGAUCCAAGAACCGAUUGUCGAGCCGGUACACGUUCAUUUCGAUAUCAAGAGGAAAACCGAGUAUCGCAGUGCAAUGGAGUUCCAGACUUGUGGCUUGUUCAACGUGCAAGGUUCCAUGGACUUCAUAUAUGUGAAUCUGAGUCAGAAAGAUCUAAAGUCUAGCAUAUUGGUGUGGAAGGACAACAUUUCCAAGAUCAUUUUGUUCAAAGACACGUAUUUCAACGAGACGCAGUCUGCAAUGGCGGACCGGUUGAAGAAGAUCAGCAACGAGGACGCGAUGGUGAAGAAGCUAGAGGAUUUCCUCACGCAAAAUGAGAACUCUGUAUGCGAGAUUAAUACGAAACUAAGCCUGGAAGGAUUGCAGUUAAAUCUGUUUCUGGAUUCAGAGGAGGUGUUGAGUUCACCGGUUCGGGACUUGAAUCGCGGCCUGUGCAGGCUAACGUUUGGAGAGGUGAUCAACACGUACGCGUUUUACAGCGACAAGAGCCUGAAGAUGAAACUGUCGCUUCAGAGUUGCCUCCUGCAAGACACUCGAAAGGAUUCUCAGACUAUAAGAAAGAUAAUCCAGUCACCGGCGAGGCAAAUUGGAAUGCAGCCUGAAUCUUAUAUAUCCAUCUCGAUGUCUCCCAUUGUUGACGUCACGUACACUCGCACGCCAGCCGGAGAGAAAUGCUACGACGCGCUUAUCCAGGAGGUGAGGAUAAACCUGUCGGUGCCGUUCAUGUUGCACUUGAUUCGUUACGUCAUGGACUGCUUCCCUGGUGACCAAGUCGACGAAGGGAUCGUUAAUCACGGAUAUGAGAAUAACAGCACCGCGACAAUGCCUCGGUGUCCGUGAGGAUACAUAAGCCGGAGAUCUUGCUUUUUGGAAACCUGAGGGCGAGCAACGCGCACGUGAUCCUACUGCAAGCGGAGGUGUCGAUCGAGAGCAGUAGACACAGUUGCUCGUCGUCGAUCAUUUACACUCUCAACGACGUCCGUGCCAAGUCGAAGAAACAGGGCAAUUACUCACGCCAUGUCCCCUUUUGGUUACUAAGGCCGUGCGACGUUGAAAUUUGCAGGAAGGAGGAGGCGCCCGAGUUCAACGUCAAUUACACCGUCGCGGUGCACAAAAUUGACAUAUUGAACGAGGCCACAAGCUUUGCAGACAGUAUCAACGUGAAGUUGGAAGACAGAUUUGCAACUCAAGAUUUUAACAUGCAUAGUAAUUUGUGGACGCCGAAGAAAAUUUCGAAUAUACCGUACAAAAAGUUGCACAACAAUGAUUCACACUUGAUCUGCGAAGAUAGUGACCGCGUGCUGACGCUCAAUUUGAAACCGGUGAUACUGUGCCUGCUGUUGGAAAUAGAAUACUCGAUGGAACGAUUUCCUGUCAUAAAGGUGGAGAGCGUGAUCACAGCCUCCGUGAACGAUUGGUUGUCCUUCGAUCUGGAGUCGAACGUGAAACUUCACGCGUUCUGCUACAACAUGGAUUACAAAAAUUGGGAGCCCCUGAUUGAUCUGUGCUCGGAGGACGACGCGAGUUACAAGUCGUGGGAGUUGAUGAUAAAAAUGCGCCACGGCGAGGCGUUUCUGGUGAAUUCGAACCCAACCGAUUCAUGCCAGCACGUAAAACAAGAUGCCUUGAAAGUGAAGAGAAAGAAUCUUAGAAAUAUAGAUCAGGAUGUCACGGACAUGGUCUUCAUAAACCCAGAUCAUUUGAACGUAACAAAGUCAAGCGAAACGGAAAUGUAUUCGACGUAUGAGGAAGACUCCGACACAGACGACGAGGAAGGGCAGAAGAAAUUGAUCAGAACUUCCAACUAUUUAUUCAACAGCAAUAGCAGCGGGGACGAAGACAGCGACAGCGACGAUAGCAGCACGAACGAGGACGAGGGAUUAGAAUUGACACCAGAAUGUAACGUGGACUCUUGUAAGGAUCUGUCGUGCAACAGCUUCGCCAUUGAAUUAGAUUCACUCAAAUUCGGGCCUCUUGGCCGUGAGUCGAUAAAGUCGAACGACACAACAGUGUACAUCAUUGUAUCCGCGGAGGAGAAGCUCAACGUGGUGAUCACUCCCAACUUGAUCAUCGUGGUGGAUAUCAUCGCCAGUGCGUUUCAACAAGCUGCCAGCGGGAUACCGACGGUGCCCAUCGGCAUGAAGAAAUUGAACCUUCAAAACGACAUCGGCCACGAGAGUAGAAUAGAGCUUCUCGUCCCGGACGAGAAUAACGAGAACGCCACUCGAGUUAUUGCCAGCCAAGACUAUCACGACGUUAGUCCAGCCGCGAGCAUUCCUAGCAGUCCAGAAGCAGAGACUCAUUCCGGACAUGCAAGUCCACAAUUGGUUGACAACGAGAUGGACUUUGCCGAUCCCGAUGCGAAUCUUCAGAGUCAAUCGGUGCCGAUGCAGGAGAUAUUCGAGGAGGACUCCUCGAUCGGUGUGUACAAGACGAUCACCGGAGACGCCUUGCGAAUCAUUUUCAAAGAAUUUGAAGAUGUGCUGGUGUAUUGCCCCAAGAAGCAGGGUUGCAAUUUGAUCCCUCUGCGACCCAUUAGACACGAAGUUCGCUAUCAUUUGGUCAUAGAAGCUACCAUUAGCAAUUAUUUAUACCGCACGAUCACCGUCCGAUCACCUUUGCUGUUUCGAAACGAAACAUCCUACGCGCUGGGCCUCUACUACAAAAAGUCGCUGCUGGACAAAUUGGGGCUCACGUGCAUUGGCAAGCCCACGAAUCCUUUCGACGACAACAUCAGGAUGACAAUCAUCGAACCCGAUUCCACAUACAGUGUUCCCUUAUACAUAGCUUACCACUUCCCAGUAUACAUACUGCCUGCAUAUUUAGAAAAGUACCAAGUGAGCGAGGAGGGAAUUUAUUGGAAAGAACUGAGCGCAACGACGAACGUGAUCAAGGACGUAUGUUGCAAAAUGAAGGGCGACGAAAGUAAUUCCGUGUUUUACGUGAAAGUUUCCUGUAACGAGAUACCAGUAACCACGAGGUCGAGCUGCCAGGUGCCGAAUUACUUAAUAAGCAUCCAUCCUCCUUUUAGUUUCAACAAUCAGCUACCGUUCGUUAUUGACGUUCACAUACCCACGAUCAACUACGAAGUGAAAAUCGAGCCCGGGGAGAGAAUAAACGUGCACUCGUUGAACUGCAACACGGACAUACAGUUCGUCUUCAAGGUACUGCCUGCGUUGCAACGUACAUGA